AUGGCCGCCCAUCCUCCUUCUUCGUCGCUCACAAUCCCCGUCCUCCUCCUCAAGACGCGGUCUCAACCACACGACGCUUAUGAAGAGUACUUUGCCACAACGCCCGCAUCGGCGAGAAAUACGACACAACAAGAAGAAGCAAUUGGAGCAACAUCUCCAUCUUCGUCUUAUUCGUUCGUGCCGCAGUUCGUCCCGGUCCUCGAGCACCGACCACAUGUCGAAAACCUAGCCGUGUUAAAGGAGGCCCUUGAAAGCGAAACUCUAAGCCAGAGGUAUGGCGGAAUGAUAUUCACGAGUCAGAGGGCCGUGGAGGCGUGGACCGAAGUGGUUAAGAGCGUGGAAAGAGAACACAUCUCCAACCACCGUGUGUCACAAUCGUAUGUUGGAGAGUCGAUACAGCUUGGAUCUGGGAUUGGUGUGAUUGAAGGAGAUGGAAUCCAGCAGUCGUCGAGAGAACAGACCGAGCAGACGGCCGCCAAAGAUGGCAACACUGCAAAAUGUGCUCAGUCAUCGCCCUCCGCCGGGUCUUCUUCCUUUCCAAUCUACUCGGUCGGCCCGGCCACAUCGCGCGCGUUGAAUACUCUCGUCUCCGAGUGUGGGUUGGCCUCGUCACCCAGCAGCAGUAACAAGCCAUCGCCGUUCGCUCGUCUGGCACCUGUCGUUCUGGGCGAGCAUGGCACGGGCGCCCAAUUGGGGCAAUACAUUCUGUCACAUUACAACGCCCGGGAUGAACAGAGCAUAUACACCACAAGGCCGACGAGAGAUGGUGUUGCUGCAGUCGGCGAGAGACACAACAAGCAGCAUUCCAUCGAAGAGAAGCUCGAGGAUAUCCGAAGUCGAACUGUGCACGAGAAUCAAGAUCAGCAACAGAACCAAGAAAAUCAAAGGAAAAAAGGUCUCUUGUUCCUCGUAGGCGAGCAAAGACGAGACAUCAUCCCCAAAACGUUGAUGGACCCGGAAAACAAAUUACACCCUCGGCAGCGGAUCUCCGUCGACGAGGUCGAAGUCUACUCUACCGACGUGAUGAGUUCGUUCCAGCGCGAUUUUGAAGCGAUGAUCCGGUCGUCCAAACUUGACAAAUCCCCAAUCGUGGUCGUUGUGGUUUUUAGUCCGCAGGGCAGCGAGUCCAUGCUCCGCGCGCUCGGGUUCAUUGACGAGUCGAACAGGCUGACAGCAGCGGCAACUGGUCGCUGGGAAAAUCGUGACAGACCAGCCAACUCUCGUCAUCAUGUUGGUGGUGCGGCUCAAGGUGAUUCUGAUGCUGUUGACCAGGACGAUCAGCCGCAAACAUAUGUGAUUGUCACUAUUGGUCCCACAACCAGAGACCAUCUGAAAACCAAAUUCGGCUUCGACGCGGACGUGUGUGCUGCGAAACCGAGCCCUGAGGGCGUGGGCGAAGGCGUCAAAGCGUUCUUGUCGAGUAAAGGGUUGAUUUGA